AUGGGGAGAGAGAGGGAGAGAGAGAGGGAGAGGAGAGAGAGGGUGUGGGAGAGAGAGGGAAUUGGGAGAGAGAGGAAGUUGGGAGAGAAGAGUUGGGAGAGAGGACGAGUUGGGGAGAAAAAGGGAGGGAGUAGAGAGAGAGGGAAGGAGAAGAGAGAGAGAGAGAGGGUGUGUAGAGAGAGGGAGGGAGUGGGGAGAAAGAGGAAAGGAGGAGCGAGAGAGAGAGGGAGUGAGAAGAGAGAUAGAAAGGGAAGAGAUGGAGUGGUGAGAGAGAGGGGAGUAAGAAGAGAGGGUGAGGGAGUGGAGAGAGAGAGAGAGGGUAUGAGGGUAGACGGGGAUAGAGAGAGUGUCGUGAGAGAGGGAGGGAGUGGAGAAAGAGAGAUGGAGGGAGUGGGGAGAAAGUGUGUGAAGAGAGAGAGAGAGUGA